UGAAAUAAAAUCUCAAUGGAAGCCAUCACUUCCGGACUGGAACUCUCCUCUUUACAGAAAAAUAAUUAAUCUAUGCUUUGACACAACACCGCCAAGACUCGUCUUUUUUAACAUAUUGCUGAAUGUUAAAUAGAUAAUAAAUAGCCCGAUAGUUGACGAAGAUGUUAGGACUGGAGCUGUCAACUGGUGUGGAUGGUGUGGUUGAAAAAAUUGAAAAACUCCCCACAGACUUGUUUGCAGAAACGCUUCAGGCGAUCCUGGUUCACCUUCAGGAUCAGAACAAGGCAGUAGAUUUGAUUGAAACCUGUGAUAAAUUUCAAAGAGCUGGGAUAAACCUUGAUCAGAAAGCUGUUCAAGAUAUUAUAAAACUGCUAUCAUACUAUUUCAGGUUAGCUGCAAAGAGCAAUCUCAGUGCAGAUGUCUUGGUCAGUAAACUGACUGAAUGCAGCAGUAAAUGGUCCAAACCAAACCUACAGUUGGUGCACCAGUUUUGGACUGAGCAUGGUGCUCUUCUACAUGCACAUCAGGAGGUCCUGACAAUGGCUAGUAUUGGACAGCUUAUAGAUAUCCAGUGGAAGCUUGGAAUGGCAGUGAGCUCAGAUACCUGCCGAUCCCUCAACUCUUCGUUCAUCUCCGUUUUAAUGAAAAUUGCAGACACAUCAGGGGAGGUAUCAUAUAAAUCCUUUGAGAUGACAGUACAACAGUUCCAGAACUUCUACAGGCAGUUCAAGGAAAUGGCCUCCGUUUUAGAGACUGUUUAAUAUUUUUCUGCAUGUGAUUUUUUUGAGGCAGUGAUUCUGAACCAUUCUGUCUUUGACUAAAUAGUAUUUAACAGUUUAAUCAUUUUGUCAGCACUGAAUAAAGACAUGUCCUACCGUUACAGUAGCUGCCGUUUAAAUUCCUGUUUUAUCUUAAUAAAUAAUGUAUUGUGUUAGAUACCCUAUGGAUUGUCAUAAAUUUCCAUUUGUCAUUAAUAUUGUGCUUCAUAAUUGUCUUCAGUGCCUUUAGGAGCAUUAAUUAAUCCUCUUUUCCCCUUUCAAAUAACAAAUAAUGCUUAUGAGUUGAUGUUCAAGGACAUUCAUUUCUCCUAAUAUUUUUCAAUAAAAGUAUUCACUGAACCAA